UUUAGAUUUCUCCAGCUCGAGAAGCAAGCAAACACAACAACCAAAACCGGAAACGCCUGCCUUCGCCAUGCCUGCCCCAACACUUCCACGCGGCCCCUACCUUCUCCUUUUUCCCAAAGACGUUGAGGGCGCCAUCGACACACCAGCGUAUGCCAUGGUGAAAAGUUCUCGUGAGGCUACAGCAACUGUCAUCUUGGACGGUGACAAUGACGACAAAGAGAAACUGGUGAAGGUUCCGAGGACCAAGGCGCUGGCAAGAAAGGUGAACCGAAAUGAUGCGGAACGACAGCGACUAGGGACGUGGAUAAGACAAGCUGUAUGUGUGAAGAGCGACGGUCGCUUCCGUUACGGUCAAGUGACUGGCUACUCGGACAACCGUCUUACAAUCUGCACCCUAUCUGGACCGAUAGAAGGCAACCGCGAUGCUAUCUGCGACACCGUAUACCCAGUCGUGGCACUGAGUAGCCAGGUGGAUCGACUCGCAUACAGGCGAAUGUACUCAAUCUCUGUGCAUCACGUGGUAAACUACGUUUACUUCGUGGAUGGAGGCAAACCAGUACCCAGUCACGUGAAGGCCUCGUUCGGAUCAUCCUUUUGCAAUUCGGUGGGAGACAGUAAAGCUACUGAAAACGUACCGGCUCCGAAUCUAGGUGCGGCACAAACCAACCCGUCCAAUUCGUCCGGAUUCUUUGAUAUCCUACGCGUCGACGACGAUGAAGAAGAAGCCCAUGAGGAGACUCUGCUCGCACAAACCGUGCUCUCAGGAGAAUCUGACAGUAGCCAUCCGCCACGUGUUACCCCUCGAAACCGUUUGCAGCACCCUCGGCAACAGUCGUCGCGGCCUCAUGCUACAACAGGCGACGCGUUCCCAGCCAACUCACACAUUGCCACCCGACUAGCUGAUGCGUCUACAGCAGAGGAAGAAAUACGCGCCUUAAUCGGCAUGCACAAGCCCCACUUACUAUCAUACCACCUUUCGACCCAAUCAAAUCCAGACUCGUCUUUAAAACGGCCGGAAGCCGUGGACAUCGACGGCUCAGUGACGAAGGGGAACAAAUUCAGCUUCCAACCCUCAGCUGAACAGCGGCGGGUACAUGAGGCGGUCACAGCCGAAGCGCACAGAGCUACCCGGGCAUACGACCUAGAAUUCGGAAGCCGCGGUCUUUCAUUCCUUCACUUCACCCCAGUAAACCAAAUGCUGCGACUCCGACGACAGCGCGACAGCUUUAUCAACAUGAGCGAUUUUUCAGUGUCAGCAAAGUUCUUGGCUGCUCCAGAUCCUUCCUCAUGGGAAGACGUUCUUGCUGGCGCAAAUGGAUUACAACAAUACUGUAUCGCACAUUGUGAUCCAGUGACGCAACAUCUCGGAACCACCCUCUACAACUUUGUCGUGGAGCUUAAAGCCCGUCAAUUAUGGCCACAUGACAUGCUGCUAACGCUGGUGCUGUGGAUUGACGCCCAGCUUGGACGGUAUCGCAGCGCAGUGAUCAGAGAAAUCGACGCUGCGUCAUCCACACGAUUCAUGAUACCAGCACAGUUCACACCUAACAAUGUCGAACUCCAUGGACUAUUACUUGCUGAGCAGAGGAAUCAAAUCGACGCGAUUCGACAAUCCUCGGGGAACCACGCGACUCAAACGUCAAAUACUUCGCGCCAACCACGCAGCCAACGCAACGCGGCCAACAGCACGAAAAAGGAGCCAAGCGACAACUACCCCCCCCCACUUUCUCAACAGGAUGGAAAAGAAGUCUGCCUUAAGUUCAUCUCAAAGAAAGGGUGCACGUCCGGCGAUCAGAACGUGUGUAUCUUUGCCAGUAGAGCGCACUUCUACCCAGCGGCCAUUUCCGACCAACUGCGCAACUAUCUUCGCCGAAAGUUUGGUGGUGUUCACAGCAAGUACAACUCGGUCGACGUGGCUCAGUUCGAGCCGCUGCGAAGCAUACCAAGUCGGCGGCCCAGCGCACGUCGUACCAGUUCGGUCGACGUGGCUCAGUUCGAGCCACUGCACAGAAAGACAAUCGAGCAGUCCGACGCAGGUAAUACCAGUGCCGUCGACGACUCAAGUGCGGCUGGCCGAGAUCGGCACCUCAACGCAGGUUGCAUCGGAUUAGGCAUUUCACCACCAGCUAGCUUCCCACUGCGAAACAAUAAGCGGCAAUGGCAACUCAACAAAGAGAAUCAGCGGGUGGUAACUGCAAUGGCGCUGGAUCACGGAAUGAGUCUUCACAACAUCGUCGGAAUAGUGCGCGGACAAACCAAGAGCGAUUAUCGGCCGAACAAAGCGUUGUGCCCCUCACGACUCGGCAAGUUGCUUGAUGGCUACAAAUAUAAAGAUCUACUGAUCAAGAUUGCACGUGAGGGCUCGAAGAAUCGUGGCGUGCCGUAUCAAACACAAGGAUGCAGUGGUCAAAAUUAUGAAAGGAAAAGCGCUCGAACGGGUCAAAACGAUGCAACGCCAGCAGUAUACCACACGAACCCAAUUGCAGCAGCUUCUCGGCAGUCUACGGCACGUCUGCUAGUGCUUAAGAGCGGCAAAACCAUUUUACCAGCGCCUUCAAACGAAGGUCGUCUCCAAAAACUACCUCUUGCCAUUUUCACCAACGACCAACCAGUGGAUGUUCAUCUGUACAUGGACGCUAGCAACUACGGCCUCGCAGUACUAAACCCUGUUACCAAACAGUACAUUCAACUUCAGUUCGAUCAAGAAGAGAAAGACCUGAUCCACACAUCGACAGGCAGUGACGGAUUCAACAUUAACGUCAGAGAGCAGCUGUGUACAGCUCUUGCUGCGUGGAUAUUCGGCCCGACGUGGUCUACAUCGCCAGUGGUUCUUGUCAAAGCAUGGUCCGACAACACGUCAGCAGUAUCUUGGACCAACAAGCUAGCGAGCUCUAAUCAAAUGGGUCAAGAAAUUAAUCGUGCGAUUGGGCUAGCAGAGGCUCUCUUCGGCUUUCGUAUGAGCUGCGGUCACCUCCCGGGUUCAAUCAACAUUAUGGCGGAUGCUGGGUCACGUGCUUGGUCCCCACCUCAUGAUAGAAUCUGGUCUAACCUUUCCUUUCAAUGGCAGCAGAUCCCCGUUCCGCCCAAUCUCCGCAAAAUCUACAAGACCUUCUCAGACAACUUCAAUCGCAAGCAUUGGCCCCGGGAUCAAGACCGAAGUACGCAUCCACGUGGAAACGAUGGUCAGAGUGGUCCUCCUCCCACGGUUUCGACAAGUGGCUACCCGCAGAUGCGCAACAACAUUCGCUACAGCUUGCCCUAUUUGCCAUCCACUACUGGUACUCAACCACGACAACGACAGGAAAUCCACUAUCCACGAACACCGUGCUGUUCGCCAUUAGCCAUAUCUCGUGGUAUCAUAUGCGAGAACGAGGUUACUCGGUUGGCCUCGACGCAGGACACAAGUUGGCUGUGCGCGGGAUGCAAAGGAUGUCUCCACCGUCAAGACAAAAACAACCAGUCACGCGCAAAAUCCUCCAAGAACUUCGUUCACGCUGCAACUUCAAAUCAACCCACGAUCGCGUGCUAUGGGGGGGCUGCGGUCAUGGGCUUUUUCUUCUUGCUCAGGCGAUCCGAAUAUCUCGCCGACGGCAAACGAAUCAAACCAUACAUCAUUCGCACGAACGACGUCAAGUUCUUAAACAAGGAAGGCCUUAUUACGGAGUCACUUAAAUGUGCUGUGGCAGUGUCCAUACACUUUCGGGGUAGUAAAACCGACCAAGCCGGCUCCGGAACGUCAAGAACACUGCAUAGGUCUGGAUCAACGUGGCUGUGUCCGGUUUUGGCUACCUGGGAGCUUGUACAGAUCACAAAACGCUUCGAGAGUAACUCUGUGUUGUGCUCGACGAGUCCUGGAAGAACUCUCACCGCCAAUGCACUGGGCGACGCUAUUAAGACUGCUGCAGCAUCAGUCGGCGCUGACCCAUCCCAGUUUGGAACACACUCAAUGAGAAGUGGCAGAGCAACGGCUCUCUUCGCAGCCGGCACCGACAGACUCACUAUAAAGCUCUUUGGUCGUUGGUCCUCAGACGCGUUUGAACUAUACACAAGAAUGAACGACACAGUCUCCGAGUCUCUAUCGCAGCGAAUGACGAAGGGUGCCAUGUUUCGUGUUAGCCCGGCUACACCGGAGGGGCUUCAUCCAGCUCAACAUUCCUGA